GCAGGCAGCCGCCUCGGGGGCCGCGCCGCUCGGUCGGGAAGCGGCUGCGGCGUUGCUGGCUUGCUUGCCGCCUCCUCCUCCUCCUCGGCGUGGGCACCGGAGGGCGGCCGGGAGGGGCGGCCGGAGCGGAGGGCGAGCGCCGGCCAUGGGGCCGCGGCUGCAGCAGCGGCGGUGGCGGCACCCGGCGUAGCCCGGUUUGCAGCGUCGCAUGCCCGGGCGGGAUGAGCGCAGCGCGCGGCCGGGCGCCGCGGCUUGCAUGAGCCUCGAGGGCGGAGAAGCGGUUGGGGAGCGCGGCGGGCGCCGGCCUCUCGUCCCCCGCCUUGCCGGCUGAUGGCUCCGUGACCGCCGCCUCGCCUUCCUCCGCGCCCCGUCCGCCUUUUCCGGGCUGCGGCCGGCCAUGGGGAACACCACCUCCUGCUGCGUGUCGUCCAGCCCCAAGCUGCGGAGGAAUGCCCACUCCCGCCUGGAGUCCUACCGCCCCGAAGCCGAGCUCAGCCGGGAGGACACGGGCUGCAACCUGCAGCACAUCAGCGACAGGGAGAACAUCGACGAUUUGAACAUGGAGUUCAACCCUUCAGAUCACCCAAGGGCCAGCACAAUAUUCCUCAGCAAAUCGCAAACAGAUGUGAGAGAAAAACGUAAGAGUCUCUAUAUAAACCAUCAUCCUCCUGGUCAAUUGAGAAGAAAAUACAGUUCCUGUUCUACUAUUUUCCUGGAUGACAGCACAGUCAGUCAGCCCAAUCUCAAAUAUACAAUUAAAUGUGUAGCUCUUGCAAUAUAUUAUCACAUCAAAAACAGGGACACAGACGGAAGGAUGCUCCUAGAUAUUUUUGAUGAAAACCUCCACCCCCUUUCGAAAUCCGAAGUGCCGCCAGAUUAUGACAAACACGACCCGGAGCAGAAGCAGAUUUACCGCUUCGUGCGGACAUUGUUCAGCGCUGCUCAGCUGACUGCCGAAUGUGCCAUUGUCACCCUGGUAUAUCUUGAAAGGCUUUUAACAUAUGCAGAGAUAGAUAUUUGCCCAGCAAACUGGAAGAGAAUUGUCCUGGGUGCGAUUCUACUGGCAUCGAAAGUUUGGGAUGACCAGGCUGUGUGGAAUGUGGACUACUGUCAGAUCCUGAAAGAUAUCACAGUGGAGGACAUGAAUGAGUUGGAACGCCAGUUUCUAGAAUUGCUGCAAUUCAACAUCAAUGUUCCCUCCAGUGUUUAUGCCAAGUAUUAUUUUGAUUUGAGAUCUCUGGCAGAAGCAAACAAUCUCAGUUUUCCAUUGGAGCCCCUCAGCAGGGAAAGGGCAUAUAAACUUGAGGCCAUCUCUCGCCUGUGUGAAGACAAGUAUAAGGACUUCAGGAAAUCAGCAAAGAAGCGGUCUGUCAGUUUGGACAAUCUGACUGUAGUUAGAUGGUCUCCUGCUAUUGUCUCCUAACAGUGAAGUCUGGAAUAUGCCUCCAAAAGUACUGUUUCUAUCAUCAAUUUUGGACAGCGGUGGGGUGGGUGGGUUUGUUUUGUUCAUUUUUGUUUUUUUCCCUUUGGUUUCUCCCCCCCCCCAUUUUGAGAUUUGCCUUUACAAGGCCUCCCCCUUGUUCUAGCACAUGAGAAUAAACCCAGGACUUGGAGACAACCAUCAGGAUAAUCGGGAGGGACUUUAUAAGAAGAUGGCAUUUGUUGCUUCAUAACAGAGUGUCCUUUUCGUGAAGAAAAACGGGCAUGCUUGGAAGAGGAGAAGACUGCGGCAGGGUGGGGGAGAGCAGAAACUGACAAGUGUGUGCCAUUUUUUUUUUAAAAAAAACACACUUUUCUGCAGAAACAAAGGCAUGAAAAUAAAAUCCGCAAGAUAAGUUUGUAAGAGAGUCGGGCUGGGGGAGGAGUUGGAAGUGCUUCACGUUCUCUUUGGUAUCUUCUAUCAGUCCCCCCCCCCCCUCCCCUUCCAGGUUUUGCAUUCCUCUUUGCCGUUUGCCCGGGUUUGGUUUUCCUGCUCCUACAAGGCAGCAAAGUAUGACGGUGGCAUCUACAGUAGCACAAACCUCUGACUCUGGUAGCGUCGGUUGUUUCCUUCCUUCUACAUAAGCACUUUCCUUCAUGAGCUGUUUUAUUAGCAUUUCCCCCCACUCGGUGUUACGCAUAUUUUGUUUCUCAUAUACCUUUUUUUUUUGUAUUUUUGAAAACAAGAUUUAACUUGAUUUAUAGUGCUGAACCAAAAGUAUACAACAAAAGAUCAGGUGAUCCUUCUUAAUUCCAUGAUUUUUGCUUUAAUUUAUAGCAGCGGUGUCCGUGAUGCUGCCUGCUCACUACAUCAUGAAUACCGACUGCGGUAUAGUAUCUGUGGCUGCAUGUGCCUUCCUACAUUCUUUUGGGAUAGUUUAUUUUUCCUUACUGUAAAGUUAUGGUUGUUAGAAGGAUUCAGGCAACAGCAAAACUUGAGCCGAGGAGGUGAAAUUGGCAUUGGAUGCGGCGGUCCUUACUACAAGUUCUUCACAGCAUUUAGAAAUUGAUCAGACUGUUAAGUGAGAGAAAGUGAGAUCUCCCUUUCCUAAAUGGCCCCAGCAGUUGAUUUCAUUCACUUCCUAGUUCAAUGUUGCAAGCAAUAGCCUCAAGAUUUUUAUAUGUUUACUUUAAAUGGAAACCAAUCUGUUUGUAUAAAAUACAAAAAAAAUUAUAUAAAAAAAAGUUUUUUGUUCUAGUGAAAACAGUCCAUGGAAUAAGAAAAUCUAUAUUAAUUUUACCAAGUGUUUGUCACAGGCUGGAUUUCAGAAUAAUAAAAAAAAAGUUUUAAAAUUGCAUUUUGCAAUGUAGGUGCUUAUAGAAAUUUAAACAAAAUGCAAACUGUGAAGAAAAUUUUAUGGUUGAUGGAUUAUACUGUACUUUAUUUUGUUGCUGUGACUGGUUCCGACCAUUGCAUUCCUUAACGAGGAAUCCCCUUUUUAUAGCAAAUUGCAUUAUUCCUGUAGGAAUUCUCAUGCUCCGUACAAGGGUCUGUGGAUUAUUUUGCACAUUUCAGAAAGACUCAAUUUUAUUGUAAGAAGGAAAAAAAACAGUUGUAUGUUUCAGGAUCUUGGAAUUCCAUACAUUCUCUCUCUAGUGCAAGAAAUGAUUUUUUUUUAAAAAAACUCCUGGGUUGGACUUGAUUUUUUUUUUUGCACUACUUGAGAGAAUCGUGCAAAGCACAUUCCACUGGCAUCUCCUCCUGCACAAGCCCUCUGCCUUCCGGCUGUGCUGUCAAGCGUGCUCUCCUCCAUAAGGGGCUUGCUCCGGAGACGUUCCCAGCAGAGUGCUCUUGAGCGGCUCUGUUAAUAUCAGUGAGAGCUCUUGCAGGACACGUAUGCAUACCACAUUCCUUUACAUGCUCUCAUUGAGCCCUAAAACCUCGAUUUUUAUAUUGUUUACUUGAGUCAAGUUUCCACCCACCCCCCUUUUUCCUUUUUACACAUUAAGAGCGCAUCUGUGCAGCUCUGAAUUACAGGGAGCCUGAGGUCUUUCUCCGCUGCUCAUCCUUUCUGUCAGGGGUCAGGAACCAAAGAAGAAAUGUGCUUGUGAACUAAAACUUGGCUUUUGCCAUUUGCUGAAAAGUUCUCGCUGCCAAAGAAGCCAGCCAUUUUUAUCACCCAAAGGGCUGGCUUUCUCUUCAGCAUGGGAACUGCUGUAUUUAGGACUCGGUUGCCUCUGGUCAGCGCAUGUUCCUUCUUGGAAUCCAACUCAAGAGUGACUUAGACCUGCCAGUCUCCUGCUGGGCUAAUGUAGGGCUAAUGGAAACUAGCAGAGGCUGUGUCACCUGAUAGCAGCAGUUGCCAGUUGUUCUGCGGAAGGAGAAGAAAGUACACUUAUUUUCUCUGGCAUGUUUUCCCAUGGUUCUGGAAUACAGUGCCCGAUCCAGGGUGCUGCAGGCUGUCUUUUGGGACAUGCUCCAAAUCUGUUCAGGACCAGGUUAUUUAACCCUCUUUCUCUGAUGAGCGUGCCCCUGAAUAUGCUGUUUGCCUUAAAAGGGUAAGGGGCUGGUGAUGUUGGACUAUGAAUAUCCAAGCAGUUUUCUACUAACUUUCUUAUUUGUACUACACGACAUGAAGAGUUUGCCCCACAUAUAUUUCUUAAUCUUUCAGAUAGUUUAAUUCUCAUUUCUUUUUUUUUUAUCGUUGUUGUGCCAAUAUAUCAAAACUCUGAUGUUUAUCAUUUUGGGGUUUUGAUUAUCUCCCCCUCCUUUUUUCUUGAAGAGAAUGUAAAAAAAAAAAGGUAUAUUUGAAUAUAAAGAAAAGGAGAGCCAUUACAGCGAUCGGGUAAAAAGGAUGGUUUUAAAUAGAACUGAAUUAUAUUUCUCCCAGAUAUAGAUAUGAUUUUACAAUGUGUUGUUUUAUCAACAAUUUGAAGAAUACAUGUUGGGUUUGCUUUCUAGCAAAAGCAUCGUUAUGCAGCUUGGGGUGGGGAGGGGAGAACAGAGGAAGAGGUUUGCAUUAUGUAAAGAUCUCAAUGCAUCUACAAUAAUUUUUGUGAAGUUUAUUAAACAUCUUUAAAGAUUGUAUAGUCUAUUUAUUGUAUGUAUGUACAUACAGUCUGAUACUUAAAAUUUCAAGUGGAUUCCGUAAAACCUGGCUCAGUCUUGUUUAGACUAUUGGAUAUCGUUUUAGCCUUGUGCACUGGACUCUACCUCUGUAUAGGAGAAUUUUCCAUAUUCUUCAAUUAGUACUGAUUCUCUGUGAUUUAACUUGGUUAUGUUUCUUGCACUAAAAAUUAAAAAAAAAGAAAUCUGCUGUUAAA